AUGGUGCUAUGUUUUCUCAAGGUGUGUAUUGCUUUAUUCGGUGAAUCGACCACCACCACCACCACCACAUCAGCCACACCUAUCACCACAACACAAGCGACCACACCAGUGACCACAACACAAGCGACCACCACCAGAGGAGCGCCUACUCUGGUGGGUAAAAAGAAGAGAAACCGUAUUGACGGUGAAUGUUGUAGUACUGAUCUAUGUAACAGACAUGUCCCUGUAAAGAGGAAGAGACAGAUUAUUAUCAUGACAGGAACCAUACCGGAUAGAACUGAUGUCAUGACUACAACAACGAUUUAUUCGACUUCAUCAAGUGCAUGUGCUGAUAUCGACAUUGCUUCCUGUCAAAAACUUGCUUCUCUCAAGAGGGACAUGUGUAAUGAUGACUGUUUAGUGCAAGCCUGUCCUCGCACCUGUGGGAAAUGCUCUGAGUGUUAUUCCUGUCCAUUUGUGGGAUCCCCAGAAAACUGUUCCAGUACUUCUGUCUGUUUACCAGGGGAGAAAUGCUAUGUACUAGAAAAAUAUAUGGAUAAUGCUGAACACGGUUAUCAAGUAGGAUGUCUUCAUGAAAAUGUGUGUAGAAGAUUCCAUGAUAAUGCUGGAAAUGUAUUUGGUCGAAGGAGUGACCACGUUGGUUUGACUUUGGACGGGAAUUGUUGCAAUGGAGACCUUUGUAAUCACCACGCCCUUUUUCACCCCACAUCAACCACUACGCAUGCACCAACACAUGCACAGUCUACCACUCCAGCACCAUACGGAUGCAAGUAUACGCAUAAUAGUCACUGCCCUAAUGGGUUUACCUUAGUUGGAGGGAAAUGUAUUCUUGUUCGGCUGCAUUUAACGACGUACAGCGGAGCAAAGGAUUCCUGCAAAAAUCAUCACUGCGCAAAACUAAUGGAUAAUAUAUCUGAACGUGACGCAGCUAAUAUCCGUCUUUACAUCAAUCGGCUUAUUCCUGAUAUAUCUCCUGAUGGCAAAGCGUUGCUGGUUGGUGCUCACACCAACUCCCAUCAUCACCUGGUGUGGGAUUCAUCCGGGCAUAUGGUUCCAGGUGUCCCUCACGAUCCAGCUCCCAACACGUGUGUCGUCCUCAGGACCGAUGACCACAACGAUCACCACCACGGACAUUUCUUACGCCCCACACCCUGUGAUCAUCAUUACUUUUAUAUUUGUGAGGCGGAAUUUAAAUGA